UUCUCACACAUUCUAGAGAGAGAAAACAUUAGGGUUUGCCAUUCACCGUUGUUCAGCGCCGCUGCUCGUUGCUUCCCGAUUUUCUCCGGCGACGCCUAUUCGAGGUCAGUUCCUCUGCUCUGCUCCUUCAUGUCUGUCGAAUCUUCCUCUCUUCGCACGUCCGAAGCCAAACACAGGCUCGGGUUCGGCAGUCACAGUUCCGUAGCCCAGGGUGACCGAGCGGAGCAGCCGGGUUCCCCAUCUAUUGAGGAGAUCGCGGCUGUCGAGUUACCCGGGGUAAUUGAGCCCCGCCUCCAGAAACGCACCUUGCUUGUGGACUCGCUCAUCCGCGAGUGCAAGUGCGACUUGUCGAGCGACGAGUUUUUCAAGGCCGUGCGCUACGCCGGCCCCCUCGUCACCGUCCGUCGCCCUACCCCGGAGGAGUCAGUAUUCGAUGCUCCUCCGGGCUAUUUUGCCAUCCAUCUCAAGUCCCUUGAGAGCGGCUUCCGCUUCCCCAUCGAAUCUUUGGUCAUCGACUUUUUCAAGUACUUUGACUUCCUCCCGUGCCAAUUGGUGCCGAACUCGCACCGGUACCUGGCGGGGUUCCUGAUCCGCUGUCGGGAGAUGGGCGUGCGGGCCGACCUUGAGCGCCUACUAACCCUGUUCCGAGUGGCGAAGUCCUCCGGGUCGGAUGGGGGUUCUUUCGCCGCUCUCUGCCAGCGGCAAGAGAGACUUUUUAAGACCAAGAAGGAAUCAAACAAGACUUGGAAGUCCAAGUUUGUCUUUGUCUCCGUGGGGUCGGCCUCCCCCUUCCGAGACGCUCCCCUCAGCUCCUUCCGUAGGCGAUCCAAACCCUUUGCCUCUUCCAAGGCUGUCGCUGAUACGGACAUGUUGUGUUCAGGUGGCCCUUACGAGCCCGGGGCCUUAGUAAAUGACGAAGCUCUAGCCAAGUUUGGGUUCGUCUUCCAUGAUGAGGACGAGCCCAAGCGCCGGGUCGUCCAGAGUCAGCUCGAGGAAGGACCCUCAGGUGAGAUCAUGAUCUCCGCGGCCGAUAGGAAGAAGCUGUUCAAGUCUAAGCCGCGCUCGGAGUCCAGCCAGGAACGGCCUCUGCUUCCCACUCCCACCCCGUCCACCGAGCGUGCCCAGGCGAGCAAGAAGCGCAAGGACGUGUGCUCCGCGACGGAAGGGGCCUCGUUGAGCGGGACACGGUCACCACCUUCGCGCUCGGUGGAUUGCGGGAACCCGGCCUUUGUGAAGGUGGCGUUCCCCCCCAACCCUUCGUUCUUGCACGGGGACUAUGAGCCUCGCCGUUUUUUGCAGAGCUUCAUCCCUCCGCCGGACCGAAUGGAGAUUUGUUCGUCCGCCACGGAGGACCUUGCCUCCACCCUCAAGCUCGAGGUUGGCUCGGUGGCGAUGCGCAUCCCAGAACUGGUGGAGCGCUUGGAGCGGUAUGUGGCGGAGAAGGCCAAGGGCGAAGGGGAGCUUCAGAGGCUGCUCGAGCACAUGGCCGGGCUCGAGGGGAAGCUUGCUGAUGCCGAGGAGCGGGCUCGGGCUUCGGAGCAGGCUCGCCUCGCUGCUGAGGAGAAGGCGAGCACGAGAGGGGUUUUCUCAAUGGGUUUUGCACGAGGCGUAUUUCCCAUCUUCUCCGUCCCUGCGAUGUCUCACUCUGCUCCAACUCCUCCCGACUCAAGCGAGAUGCGGGGGGAAACACUCUCCCUCAGCAGCUACUCGCCUGGGGGUUCUUCCGCCAUCCCGACGAAGUCCGGGCCGAGCUCAACUCCUCCGCCCUCCACACGGGACUUGUGGGACACUGAUUCCGAGUCAGAGUCGGUGCAUCUUGACACCUUUGUGAAAAUUCCGGGGUUUAUCUACUACUCCUCGGAGGAAGAGGCCAAGACUCCUCCCUGGCCCGCUCGUCGUGAGGAGGCCGUUGCUCCGCCGGCUGCUCCUGACCUUCGAGGCCGAAGGCGUCGCCUUCCAACUCCUCCGGUGGACGGCUCUGGUGAGAGUUCAGCGGCGUCGCACCAUCCAAGUCGCCAAUCCAACGAAGACCCAGGCUCGCCUAGCAUUGGCGAGUCCACUGGUCAUUCCUUUGUUGGGAGGGCUCCUUCACCACCUUCCUACGCUCCUCCGUGCGCAUGCAAGCGAGGGUGGAAUUGUGGCAUGCAUUGAAGUUAAUUUUCUUAUUUAAUUAUUGUAAGGCGUUUGCGCCGUGUACUUUCCCCCCUUUUUUUUUAGGGAUGAAUAAAAUUUAGGUAUGAUC